CUUUCCACGCACCCACAUCCUCCUCAUCUCGUCUCCAGCCCUGCGCCGCACCAUGGCUCCGCCUGCUGCCAGCCACGGCGCCGCGAAGGAGCGGCCGCCGCGCCGCCUCAGCCGCCUCUUCGGACACCUGCCGCUGCCGCUGCCGGCGUCGCAGAAGCGCGACUCGGACAGCGCCGUCGCCAGCCCGACGGGCAGCAGCUCGGCCCUCGCGCCGCCCGCCGCCCGGGCCCACCACGCACGCCCGCGGCGCCGCUCGUCGACGUGGUCGCUGCUGCCGCUCGGCUCGCCGCUGCCGACGCCGCCGCUGCCGCCGCUGCUCGCCGAGCAGUUCUCAAACCCCGACGACGUGGCGGCCUUUGCCGAGGCGCUGCAGGACGAUGCCGGCCAGCAGGAUGUGCAGGCUGCCGAUGCGGGCGCCAAGACGGCCGACCAGCUCGGCGCCGAGGCCGGCGACGCUGGCGAGCCCGAGGCGACGCCCGCCGCACUCGUCAAGGCACCCAAGGUCGGGCGCAUCGCGGCCGCGUCCGACUUUGCGCCCGUGCGCGAACGCCGCAUCCGCAAGCCGCGUGCCGGCGCCGAGACGGGCGUGGCGCGCGAGGGCGCUGUAUACGUGCUUCUGCGCUUUCCGCUGCUGCUCUGCGUCUGGGCGACGAUUGUGCUGCAGUUCCUCGCCUACGUUCUCGUCCGGCAGAGCGUCAAUGCCCUGGAAUGGGUGAUGGCGUGGCGCGGCCAGCGCGGCCGCCUGCGCCGGCGUCUGCGCCAGGCGGCCUCCUGGACGGAGUGGCGCGCAACCGCGCACGAGAUGGAUGCAUUCAUGGGCUACGACGCGUGGAAGAACGUGCGCGAGAGCGGCCUGUACGACUGGAGACUUGUGGCCAAGGUGCACAAAAGCCUCAAAGCAUUCCGAGAGCAAGAUGAUGCUGAGAAUCUUCUCGACGUGCUCGACUUGUGCAUUCGGAACAACUUCGCGGGCAUCGAGAGCUUCCGCCUUUACUCGGAGACCUUCUGGGGCACCAAAGUCGCGAUUGAGUCGUAUCUGGAUGAGGCAGAGCGUGCUUUGCGCUACAUCCAAGAGACAGACAAGAUCCCUCUCGAGCGCAAGCGUCACUUCUGGCGCACGCUGUCCAAGAACCUCGGCAAGACUGCGCUCUGCCUCUCUGGCGGCGGCUCUUUCGGCUACUACCACAUUGGCCUUGUCCGGGCGCUUCUCGACGCCAACUUGCUUCCAAACAUCGUGACGGGCACGUCUGCGGGCGGGCUGAUCGCGGCGCUCGCGUGCACGCGCCACGACGAGGAGCUCCGGGAGAUUCUCGUGCCAGAGCUGGCCGACCGCAUCACCGCGUGUUGGGAGCCCAUUUCGAUCUGGGGCCCGCGCGUGUGGCGCACCGGAGCGCGCUUUGACACCGUCCAGUGGGCAGAGAAGGCGCAGUUCUUCACGCGCGGCAGCAUGACGUUCCUCGAGGCGCACCGGCGCACUGGCAAGAUUCUCAACGUCUCGGUCAUUCCGGCCGACCGCCACUCGCCCGUGAAGCUACUCAACUACAUCACCGCGCCGAACUGCAUCAUCUGGUCCGCCCUACUCGCCAGCGCAGCUGUCCCCGGUAUCGUGAGUCCCGUCUGUCUCAUGCAGAAGCAUCCCAAGACGGGCAAGGCGGAGACGAUGUCGUAUGGGCACCGCUACAAAGACGGCUCGCUGCGAGUGGAUAUCCCGCUGUCCGAUCUGCACGCCCUGUACAACGUCAACUACCCGAUCGUCAGCCAGGUCAACCCACACGUUCACCUCUUCUUCUUCGCGCCGAAAGGCAUGCCAGGACGUCCCGUGGCCCAUCGGCGCGGAAAAGGCUGGCGCGGCGGCUUCAUCCUCAGUGCCGCCGAGCACAUCAUCAAGCUCCACCUCAGCCUCAACUUCAAGGUGCUGCGCGAUCUGCAGGUCCAGCCGAGACUCCUCGGCCAAGACUGGUCAAAUGUCUUCCUGCAGCGCUUCAGCGGCGCAGUGACCAUCUGGCCGCGGACGCGUGCCUGGGACUGGGUGCGCAUUCUCAGUGACCCCGACAGAAAGGAGCUGCGGCGCAUGAUGCAAGUCUCGCAGAGCACGACCUUUCCGAAGCUUCACAUGAUCGACAACCGCCGUCGGCUCGAGGCUGCAGUCGAGCAGGGCCGUCACGCCUGCCGCCGCGCUCAGCGUGCCCAGAACGCGACGGCACAAACCCCGGGAGGCAGCAAUGCGCAGACGGACGGACAGCUGUCGAAUUCGCGUCUCUCAGACGAGAGCGCGGCCGAGACGUCCGGCCCCGGCGCCGCACCGGGAGACUUCUUCUCCAGCAAGCGCGUGGCGCGCGAGCCCACGAGGCUGCGCGACAUGGCGCGCAUGGUGAGCUACAACAGCGUCACUCUGAGCGACGAGGGUGGCGCGACGCCGGGCGAGCCGGAGACGCCGGGCGAGCUGCCGCGCCAUGCCCGCCUCCGGUCGCUUGGGCACAACGAGGAGUACGCCGGCUCGAGCUCGGGCUCCACCACGAAGCGACCCUGGAGCCGUGACCACCACAACGGCAGCAUGCCGUCGGAAGGAGUGCGUGAGCACGACUUUGCUGGGAUGCGCGAUGGCAGUGCGACGACCGACGAGGACGACAACGAGGAGCCUCUGACAGCUGCCGCGCUCAGCCCUCGGCACGCGAACCCGCCGCAUCACGACUCGCUGCGCCGCUCACUGCCGCGCCAGCACUCCAAGGGCAAGGAUGGGCCCGGCGGGCAUCAGUGGGGCGACCGCGGCUCCAUGAGCGCCGGUGGCGGCCUGCGGUGGGACGAGGGCGACAGCAGCGCGUCGUCGGACGAGGAAUGAUUCGAUUGUGCUGGAGCAUGUCGCGGUCUGGCAUGAGAUGAAGGAUGAGCAGACGGGUGACGGGAUGGGGCUUGUCGUGUGAAGAUGUGGCAGUGGCAUGAGAUGGACCCGGCGAUGCGGCAG